AUGAAGAAGCUGCGGGCCGGCAGUAGCCACACGCCGCAAAGACGGCGCUUCUCGCCGCCGAAGCAACAGCAGCAGCUGUGGCAGCAGAUCUUUACGUCGCUGGCUGUGAUCGCGGCCGAGGCGGAUGAUCGGGAUGGGCUCGGGCGGGUGCCGCCUUGCGGCGCGCCGGCAAAGGAGCCUGCAGAGGCGGGGGCGAUCGGCGAGGCGGCGGUGCUCGCACCUGCAGCUGACGCGCAGCUGCAGCAUAGAGCGGAGGGCAAAACUAAAGGCACGGAUGGUGGCUUCCGUCGAAUGCAACUCAAGUUUUGA